AAAAAUUAUCCCAAGGAUGCUUUGGUGAUAGCAACAAUAUUGAAAGAGAUGGGGGUUCGGGAUUACGAGCCGCGUGUUGUGAGUCAAUUACUGGAAUUGAUAUAUCGUUAUGUAAGUGAUAUACUUGAUGAUGCUGCCAUUUAUUCCAAUCAUGCUCAAAAGAAGCAGUUAGACGCUGAUGAUACGCGCUUGGCCAUUAAGAAUUUCAUUGAUCAAUCAUUUACAUCUCCUCCACCACGUGAUUUUCUAGUUGGUGUUGCACGUCAAAGGAAUGAUACUCCUUUACCGAUAGUUCAGGUUAAAAAUGGCUUAAGAUUACCGCCUGAAAGAUACUGCAUGUCUUCCGCCAAUUACCACCUG